AUGUCAGGAGGGAACUUUGUGAUACCCAGACAAUCAGAACAUCAGAGUUGUCUAGAUAACAAAGGACCUUUCACUACUGGAACAACAAAUGUGACCAUCCACAGACACGAUGAUGUCAGUCUACCUCCCCAAGAGCGGUUCCAGAUCUUAAGUGCUCUAGGGCAGGACAUCAAAAUCAACAAAAAAUUUUCCAAGGCUUCUUACAUGAGCCUGAGAGAUGACUUCUUCAAAAUGGCAGCUGACUUGGAUGAAUGUGGAAAAGAAGAAGCCUUUAUUCUCUAUCAUAAAUUCCUCAUCGUUGAAGCAGGUCAGCAACAUCCCUGGGUGCAGCAUCCCACCAGGUACCCCAGCACAUGCACUCCUAACUCUGAGCACCCUCAGUGUCUCCUUUCAUUGCCUAAUGAACUCUUAGAUUAUAUUUGGAAAAAAAUUAACAUUGGCCCAAAACUCCGAAAAAGGGAUGCAGGUGGAAGAAGAUCGAACUUCAUCAAGAUCCUAAACAUCGUUUUUGACAGGGCCAAGAUUUUAAAGAGGAAACUACUAAACAAAUAUAACAGGGAAUAUGAAAAAUACCUGAUGGAGAUGAAGAAUAAAGAAGAGGAAGCCACAGAGCAGGCAACUUCCUGGGAGGUCGUAAAAUCCAGAUAUUCCACUUCUUGCACUAUUCUGUUUGAUCCAUUGUAUGGACCUAAAGAAAGCAAAAGUGGAGAAGUAGGACCUGGUAUAACAUCUACAGUGAAGGAAGCUCAACCUUCUUCAGUACCAACCAAAACCUCCAGCUCAAUACAGCAGUGUUCAGUAGAGGAGAACACUAAGUUUGUCAUCCCAAGCACAUCAACAUCUGCCAAGCAGCCUGGGGCAAAUGACCCAGAGAAAAGCACAGAUCCUUUGUAUGGACCUGAAGAAAACAAAAGUGAAGAAGAAGGACUUGGUGCAACAUUAAGAGCAAAGGAAGCUCAGCCUUCCUCAGUACCAACCAAAUCCUCCAGCCCACCACAACAGCAUUCCAGAGAGGAGAAUGCUAAGUUAAUCACCCCAAGCAUGUCACUAUCUGAAGGGCUGCCUGGGGAAAAUGCCACAGAGGAAAGCACAGUUCAGAAAGUUAGAGGCCUAUGUCCUGUGAUCCUCCCUCACGAUUUAUGUGAGAAAUUUCUAAAGUCUGCGAGGAAGAACACUAAGAAGAAGAUUGAGACCUGUGGUGUUUUGUGCGGAUCCAUGGUAGGAGAGGAGUACCAUAUCACGCACAUAGUCAUACCACUCCAGGAAGGAGGCCCUGACUAUUGCUAUGCCACCAAUGAAGAGGAACUGUUUUUUAUUCAAGAAGAACUGGGGCUUCUUACCUUAGGGUGGAUUCAUACUCAUCCAACUCAGAGAGCAUUCUUGUCAAGUGUGGACCUACACACCCAUUUUUGCUACCAGCAGAUGCUGCCUGAGUCCAUCGCAGUGGUGUGUGCCCCCAAAACAAAGAGUGAAACUGGAAUUUUCUCACUGACAUCUACUGGGAUAAAUGAAAUUUCCUGCUGCUCCAUGAGGGGGUUCCAUCCUCAUAGAGAGGACACUCCUCUCUUCUCCAUAUGUAUCUUUGACUGUAGCCAUGUCACCACCCAGGACACCAAAGUGAUGAUCACUGAUUUACGAUGA